UCCGCGCGGCCGCCAGCCCAGCCGCAGUCUGCAGGAGCCGCCACCGCAGCCGGCCGCGGGGCGGGAUUCCGGGGCCGUCGCAGGGAGCGCAGCUCGGCUCUCCGCGCGUGUGCUUUCGCCCGCCCCGCUCCUCGCCGCGUCGGUCCGCUGGCCGGGUCCGGCCGACCAGCUCGCCCUCUGGCUCCGAACCCAGGCUUCCCGGCCGCCGCAGGGACCCGCCCACCAGACCCUGCCGGGGCCGCCUGCCUGUUUGGACCCUGCCGUUGAUGACACCUGGCAGAAGGCUACUAUGGAAGGGGAUGGUUCCGAAACGCUGGUUACCAUUAAGAAUAUCGAAAGAGAGCUCAUUUGCCCCGCAUGCAAGGAGCUUUUUACCCAUCCGUUGAUUCUCCCUUGUCAACACAGUAUCUGUCAUAAGUGUGUAAAAGAACUCUUGCUGACACUCGACGAUUCCUUCAACGAUGUGGGAUCGGACAACUCCAAUCAGAGCAGUCCUCGACUCCGGCUCCCCUCUCCUAGCAUGGACAAAAUUGACAGAAUUAGCAGACCAGGCUGGAAGCGCAGCUCCCUGACCCCUAGGACCACCACUUUUCCUUGCCCUGGCUGUGAGCAUGAUGUGGAUCUUGGAGAACGAGGAAUCAAUGGUCUGUUUCGCAAUUUCACUUUGGAGACCAUUGUCGAGAGGUACCGGCAGGCAGCCAGGGCAGCCACGGCCAUCAUGUGUGACCUCUGCAAACCCCCACCGCAGGAGUCCACAAAAAGUUGCAUGGACUGUAGCGCGAGCUAUUGCAAUGAGUGCUUCAAAAUUUACCACCCGUGGGGUACCGUGAAAGCUCAGCAUGAGUACGUGGGCCCAACCACGAAUUUCAGGCCCAAGAUUUUAAUGUGCCCAGAACAUGAAACUGAGAGAAUUAACAUGUACUGUGAGUUGUGUCGGAGACCGGUUUGUCACCUCUGUAAGCUGGGCGGCAAUCAUUCCAAUCACCGAGUAACCACUAUGAGCAGUGCCUACAAGACCUUAAAGGAAAAGCUUUCAAAGGAUAUUGAUUACCUUAUUGGCAAGGAGAGCCAGGUGAAGAGUCAAAUUUCUGAACUCAACUUGUUAAUGAAAGAAACCGAGUGUAAUGGAGAGAGAGCUAAAGAAGAAGCAAUCACACAUUUUGAAAAGCUCUAUGAGAUUCUAGAAGAGAGGAAAUCAUCUGUUUUGAAAGCAAUUGACGCUUCUAAGAAACUGCGAUUAGACAAAUUUCAGACCCAAGUGGAGGAGUAUCAGGGGCUUCUAGAGAACAACGGGCUUGUGGGAUAUGCCCAAGAAGUGCUUAAGGAGACGGACCAGUCUUGUUUUGUACAGACGGCGAAACAACUCCACCUCAGAAUACAGAAGGCUACGGAAUCUUUGAAGAGCUUUAGACCUGCGGCUCAGACUUCUUUUGAAGACUAUGUUGUUAAUACAUCUAAACAAACAGAACUUCUUGGGGAAUUGUCCUUCUUCUCUAGUGGUGUAGAUGUGCCAGAAAUCAAUGAGGAGCAGAGCAAGGUGUAUAACAAUGCUCUGAUCAACUGGCACCAUCCAGAAAAGGACAAAGCUGACAGCUAUGUCCUUGAAUAUCGGAAGGUUAACAGAGAUGAAGAGAUGCUGUCUUGGAACGAGAUAGAAGUGUGUGGCACGAGUAAAGUCGUUUCCGAUCUGGAAAGCAAUUGUAACUAUGCUUUCAGAGUAAGAGCCUACAAGGGCUCGAUCUGUAGUCCUUGCAGCAGGGAGCUGAUUCUUCACACCCCUCCAGCUCCAGUUUUUAGUUUCCUCUUUGAUGAAAAAUGUGGCUAUAACAAUGAACGCCUCUUGCUGAACUUGAAGAGAGACCGUGUUGAGAGUAGAGCUGGGUUUAAUCUUCUGCUUGCUGCGGAGCGUAUCCAAGUGGGUUAUUACACCAGUUUAGACUACAUCAUUGGAGACGUUGGAAUUACCAAGGGGAAGCACUUCUGGGCCUUCCGCGUGGAACCGUAUUCAUACCUGGUAAAAGUGGGAGUCGCUUCCAGUGAUAAACUACAAGAAUGGCUCCGUUCUCCCCGGGAUGCAGUUAGUCCAAGAUACGAGCAAGACAGUGGCCAUGACAGCGGAAGUGAAGAUGCCUGCUUUGAUUCACAGCCCUUCACGUUAGUCACCAUAGGCAUGAAGAAGUUUUUCAUACCCAAGUCAGCCACUUCCUCCAAUGAACCUGAGAAUAGAGUUCUUCCGAUGCCAACAAGUAUAGGGAUUUUCCUUGACUAUGACAAAGGCAGAGUGGCUUUCUAUGACAUGGAUCACAUGAAAUGCCUUUACGAGCGCCAGGUGGACUGUUCCCACACGAUGUACCCAGCAUUUGCAUUAAUGGGCAGUGGAGGAAUUCAGCUUGAGGAACCCAUCACAGCAAAAUAUCUAGAAUACCAAGAGGACAUGUAGUUGAAGCACGUGAUGUGACUUAGGGUGAAAAAGGGGAGCAAAACGACGGCUCUGUGUUAACCUUCGUAACUAAUUACACAUCAUCUAAGUAGUCUGUGGCCA